AUGACCAGUUUCGAACGUAGGCAAGAACAGCUCUCGCCCCAUUUAGGACCUGGUGGGGGAAGCUCAACCCAGGCCAACAUACGAAUAAGCCCCGACGCUGAGUGUCAGGAAGGUUUGCGGCAGAAGCUAUCGAACUUAAAAGCUUCAAUUACUUUUGGCCCAUCUCUACGCAUCACAUCUUAUCACGCACAGAAUGAGGAUCCCGAGCCGUCCCAACAAGGCGGUUCAGACUCUGGGAUCGGAAUCGCUACGCCCCUUUCAAAAAGCGCCCAACAUGAACCCCAAGGCAAGCACUUAGAUGACACCAAGCUUCUAUGGUUCGAUUUACCUGUACCAGACAGGCUAAAGGGCAAAUUCUUUGAUAUAAAAAACCUAUAUACCCGAGAUCUUCUUGACUACAUAUCAGUGCGAAAGCGAGACCCUGGGGACAUAUCCAUGAAGUUGAGAUACUUGGGGGUCAGUCCACAGCACACACAGCUCCAUAUCGUCAUCCAGUGCGAAGAGAAGGUCGCAAGGAGGGUUAGGAAGUUCUUCGCAAAAAAAGAUGUCGAGCAAAACCUUUCACCUGAUUUCCGAGUCUUGGUGCUGGAAAAGACACUCCUUCGAUUGGGAAAUGAUGGCUUGAUUCAGGUUCUGGCCGGUUCAACGCCUAAGGAGACCUGGUGUGGCACUCCCAUAAAGUUCAAUAGAGGGGGCAUGUACACUAUGGCAACUUUUGGUGGAGUCAUCAUAGUUGAAACCUCCUGCCGACGUUUGUAUGGACUAACGGCUGCUCAUUCUCUCGAAAGUUUACAAGCAGAUGUCCACAAAUACCAGGAGGUGCCCGAAAGGGAUGAGACGGAAUCUCUAUCAUCUACAGAGACUUCCGAUGGAGAUAGCGAUUUUGCUUUUGCUUCUGCCACCACAACUGAAGGCUCUAUGCAGCAUCUUGAUAAUCCCAGUAUUGAAGAAUGGGACUCAAACGCAGCACUCGGCACCGUUUUAUGUGAUACGCUCCGUUCUCCGGUAGCAGAAAACUACGAUUGGGCUAUUGUUGAUCUGAUUCGACCAAAAGCACUACCUAAUGCACUUUUCAAGAAUCAACAGUCUGACGUAUCCGACUCUGAGGAAGAAGCUCCCCACGAAGCUACUAUACAUCUUGGAAGCACUUCGUCGCCCGAUUCAAUAUCUAGGCCAGUGCUAGUGUUGAAACAGGGAACUCCCCAGAAGGGUGAACUGUUUUUCGACGCCUCGUGCAUUAUGAUCUCCCCAGGUUCGACCUUUGUCGAAGUCCAUGACCUUCGUACGGAUCCUAAGUCGCCACUAAGCCCUGGUGAUUCUGGAUCAUGGGUAGUGGAUAGUAAUACUUCGGAAUUAUACGGCCACGUUGUGUCCGUGGAUGCAUUCAAUGAGGCCCAAGUGAUGCCUAUACAUUCCACGCUUGAGAGCAUCAAGUUGCGUUUGGGCGCGAGUCGAGUCUUUCUUCCAAGUGCACUUGAAACCGAGUACACAUACGUUUGCCAACAGGCUUCAUUAUUGACGGGCUUGGAAGAGCGGAGAGCCCCAUCGAAGAUACAUGAAGAACUGGAAAACAUUUUAAAGCAUGAAGUUAUGCUGAGGCACCGGGUAAAGUCCACUAAGGGUCUUCCAAGCUUUGACGACGAUCAGCUCUCCGAAUACGCUUUGAACCCUACUAGAAAUAUUGACCCUAUCCGGGACAUCUCAACUUCAUGGGAAGAAUUAGACAUUCUUCUGCACAUUGAACUAGUCUUUAAGUUGAUCGGCUACCCCCUCCGUCGCACUGAGACCAUCUCGGAUUUUCGAGGUGUGGCCAACAAAUUGCUGUAUCUUUCAGGGGUUCUUUGGCGAUUGAAGCAGGAAGCCGCUGACCAGCAAUCUAUUUUGCACACCAAAUCAUUAUAUGCCCAUAAUCUCCGGUCGACUAUUGAGCUAUGCAUUUUUCGGUUAUCCCAGGUGGUUUUACGACUUGACAACUAUCCACAUGGAUCGGCAACAACUGAGGUUGAAACGGCCAAGACGCUAGGCUUACUCAAGUACACCGAGAUCUCAAUAGCAGGCGAUGUGAGAAGAAUAUCAUCGCUUCUACAUACGGUCCAGCUGGAAAAGCAGGCAAUUGAAAAUGAAGAUAUGGAAAGGAAGUGGAAACAGGCAAUUGACAACCAAGAUCUGGAAAAGGGAAAGAAGCAGACGUAUUCAACAACGAAGAUAGGACGCAGAAGGAAGAGGACUAGACCCGAAGUCAUAUUUCCAUGGCCUAAACUUCCUAUUGUCAGACACAAGAAUCCAUGGGCCUUGAUGAGGGAAUCAGCGAGUUCACGAUACCGAGUAUUUCAAGACGAUGAUGGCGGAAGAAAACAUUCUCACCACUUUGUCCAACCGCAUCUAUACAACAGAGAUAGCCACCAGCCCGAAGAAGAACAAUCUGAAUGGGUGGACGUCGAUUCACUCGAAGGACUCGCCUAUCGACAGCAAGACCUCUUACAAGUCUUGGACUCUGAAAAAACAUUCGAAGAGUCUUAG